CGCCCUGGCUUGAAGGGUGGGCCUGGGGCGCAGGUCUAGCCCUAGCCCAGACACCGUCUGGAAAGGGUGUGGCUAACUUCUCCCAUGGGCUACAGGGUUGACCACUGGAACAACGAGAAGGAGCGGCUGGUGCUCAUCACGGACCAGUCCCUGCUCAUCUGUAAAUACGACUUCAUCAACCUCCAGUGCCAGCAGGUGGUCAGAAUAGCCCUGAAUGCUGUGGACACCAUCUCCCACGGAGAGUUCCACUUCCCCCCAAAGUCCCUGAACAAGCGAGAAGGUUUUGGGCUGCGCGUCCAGUGGGACAGGCAGAGUCGCCCUUCCUUCAUCAACAGGUGGAACCCGUGGUCCACCAACAUGCCCUAUGCCACCUUCAUCGAGCACCCGAUGGCCGACGCCGAUGAGAAGACUGCAUCUCUGUGCCAGUUGGAGAGCUUCAAGGCCCUGUUAAUCCAAGCGGUCAAAAAGGCCCAGAAAGAGUGUUCUGCCCCGGGGAGAGCAAACGCGGUGCUGGUGCUGGAGCGCCCCCUGCUGAUCGAGACCUAUGUGGGCCUGAUGUCCUUCAUCAACAACGAGGCCAAGCUGGGCUACUCCAUGACCAGAGGCAAGAUCGGCUUCUAGAGGCGGCGCUGGGGAGCACCUCUCGAGAGGCCAUCAGCCCCACCUGCCGACUCAGCCAGAGCCGGGUUACGGCAAAGGGCAGGUGCGAGCUGGGUGUGGACACUGGUUACCCGAGCGGCUGGACAAAGACAAAUGGAUUCUGGGUCAGGACUUCCCUUCCCCUCUGUGUAUCUCUGGCUGUUUGUGGUUGUUCCACCCCAGCCACUGUUGCAUGUUAAUAAACGUCCGUGAGCCCA